AUGAAAAGUAUACGAGGGUUGAUGCACACAACUAGUGUUGAAGCUGCCCAUGAUCGAAAGACAACAUUCGCUACCACAUCAGUUGUCGGACAUAAGAGAAGCCUAUCCAACACCGGAGAUGAUCACAAUCCUCGACCAUCCGCAUCUCGGUCCACUGUCCAAUUCCAGCGAGCCAUCAGUCUACCCAGUGCUCCUCCCAGAAUCUCUCCUAGUCGCAUUGUGAACCUCGAUGAGCGAGUGGGACCCUCUGAGUAUUCCCAACGGAGAUCGAUAGCUGCGACUCCUACAGCCUCUCACGACCCCGAGUUGGCUUUGAACCACCCGACAUAUGGCCUACCGCGGCAUUUGGUGGACAAUUUUGCUUCUCUUGGCAUUAAGCAAAUAUAUCCAUGGCAAAAAUCUUGUCUCAAAGGGCCUGGCCUCUUGACAGGAGAGAAAAAUCUCGUCUAUUGCGCCCCCACCGGUGGCGGCAAGUCGUUGGUUGCUGAUGUACUUAUGCUCAAGAGGAUAUUGGAAGAAAAGGGCACAAAGGCACUUCUUGUUCUGCCUUAUGUGGCUCUCGUUCAAGAGAAAGUUCGAUGGCUUCGAAGCGUGGUACAGGGAUUGCGGCUUGCCACGGAAACGGUCAUUGACGACGAUAAGCGCAUCUGGCGUCGACGAGCAGACGAAGGUACGGUCCGUGUCGUCGGCUUCUUUGGGGGUGGAAAAGUCCGAGCAACAUGGGCAGAUUUUGACAUUGGCGUCUGUACCCUGGAAAAGGCGAAUGCGCUUGUAAACACCGCAAUUGAUGAUUGCUCCAUCACCAAGCUUCGAGCAGUUGUGCUUGACGAGUUGCACAUGGUUGACGAUGAGCACAGAGGAUAUCUUCUGGAGCUCGUGGCUUCCAAGUUGCUGAGUCUCGAGCAGCCUAUCCAAAUCAUCGGCAUGAGCGCCACACUUCCGAAUAUGGACUUGAUGGCUCAGUGGUUGGACGGACAUUGCUAUGAAACUCGCUACCGACCUGUUCCUAUCGAGGAGCAUCUAGUAUAUGACGGAAACGUCUAUCCCGCGGGUUCUACCAGCAGUCUCAUAAGGACCGCAGCACAGCUAAAUAACCGGCCCACCCAAACACAGUCGCUCACCAAACCUAUCAGGCGGGUUGAGCCAUCGACGCACAAGGAACUUCGGGAUCCGGUUCUCAAUGCAGUCGUCACGCUCGCUUGUGAGACUGCAACUUCUGGCUUUGGUGCCCUCGUGUUUGCUGGCAGCCGUGGCAUGUGCGAGUCGGAUGCUCGAUGGAUCAGUCGUGCGAUGCCUCCUCCAAAUGAGCUCCGCCCCGAAGUUGUCGAUAGGAGAAUGGAUCUGUUGGGCGAGCUUCGAAGUUUAAAUACCGGCAUUGACCCAGUGCUAGAGGAGACGGUGCUAUAUGGAGUCGCAUUUCAUCAUGUGAGAACCCCAAACAACAAAGGGAAGAGGGAUCUCAUUGCAGCGGGAUAUGAUGAUGGGGUUCUUCUCGUCUGUGUCGCCACUUGUAGCCUUGCGGCUGGGAUCAAUCUGCCUGCAAGAAGAGUAAUUCUUCACAACUGCCGAAUGGGGCGCGAGUUUGUUGGGCCAUCCAUGCUCAGGCAGAUGCGCGGGCGUGCUGGAAGGCAAGGCAAGGCGCCUAUCGGGGAGACAUAUUUGUGUUGUCGAGAAAACGACCUUGAGCAGGUUGUAGAGCUCAUGAAUGCCGAGCUGCCCCCAGUCACGAGCUGCCUCAACACUGAAAACCGUCGCAUCCAGCGUGCACUGUUAGAGGUCGUCUCCAUCCGCCUAGCAACGAGCCAUGAAUCCAUCCAUGACUAUUUCUCUAAAUCACUGCUGAGCCAUACUCAUUCAGGCAAAUUUGUCAACGAGUGCAUCACCUCAAGCUUGGAAGAGAUAGAGCGAAUGGGUUUCGUGGAGCGUGAUUCUUUUUCGAUGCUUACUGCAACGCAACUUGGCAAAGCCAUUGUGGCAUCAGCAAUUGACCCCGAUGACGGCAUCUUCGUCCACAAGGAGCUCAGCCGAGCGCUUCAGGCGUUUGUCAUGGAUGGGGAGAUGCAUGUGCUCUACACAUUUACGCCAGUUCAGGAAUUCGGCAUCACGGUAAAUUGGCAGGUAUUUCGAAAUGAGAUGGAGGGUCUCGACGAAAGUGGUUUGCGGGUACUGCGACUCUUGGGGAUCAAGCCCACCACGAUCCUUAGAUUGGCUCAAGGUGCUACCCUCCGAGAAGUUACUCCAGAGGAGAAACAAUUAGCUCGUGUCCAUCGCCGUUUCUAUCUUGCUCUCCAACUGCGAGACCUCUGCAAUGAGGUACCGAUACACCUGGUGGCACGCAAAUACGACGUGCCUCGCGGGACUGUCCAGAACCUUUCGCAGACGUGUCAAGGCUUCGCUGCCGGGAUGAUCAAGUUUUGCGAGCAAAUGGGAUGGGGUGUCAUGGCCGCAGCCCUGGACCACUUCUCAGACAGACUUAUUGCUGGCGCAAGAGCUGACCUGUUGGCACUGGCCAAGAUCCCCUUUAUCAAGAGUCGUACAGCUCGUGUAUUUUGGGAGAAUGGAUUUCGAACUGUCGCUACGAUCGCCAACGCAGAUCCAGCGGAAUUACUCCCCGUGUUAAUGCAGGCCCAGCCAAACAAGAUUCGACUGAAGGGGAAUGACAACGACAAGUACGAAGAAAAACUGAUGGUCAAGGCAAAGGUGAUAUCAGAUGCUGCCAACAAGACCUGGAGGCUCCAGAUGCAGGCUGAACUGGAGGAAGAGUAG